AUGGAUGUGAAAAGUGCUUUUCUAAAUGGAUAUUUGAAUGAGGAAGUAUAUGUGGAACAACCCAAGGGAUUUGCUGAACCUAACCUGCCAAACCAUGUAUACAAAUUGAGGAAAUCUCUUUAUGGAUUAAAACAAGCUCUUAGAGCUUGGUAUGAGAGACUGACUGAGUUUCUCACUGUUAAUGGGUAUAGGAAAGGAGGGAUAGACAAGACCUUCUUUGUGAAGGAUGAAGGCGGAAAACUCCCUCAAAUCUAUGUGGAUGACAUAGUGUUUGGUGGAAUGUAUGAAAGAAUGGUUAAAAAGUUUGUCAAUCAAAUGCAAUAUGAGUUUGAAAUGAGCUUGUGUGAAGAUCUAACAUACUUUCUUGGGCUGCAAGUCAAGCAAAUGGAAGACUUUAUUUUUCUAUCCCAAAAUAAAUAUGCCAAAAACAUAGUCAAAAAGUUUGGAAUGGAUAAUGCGAGUCACAAAAGGACACCUGUAACGCCCGUUUUGUUUCGAAUAAAGGAAUUGAAUCGGUCGAAUUUCGGGCAAAAGUGCAGAAUUCCGUAG